AUGGCAAGAAGCCCAUCAAGCAGACUCCAAGGAGAUUCGCCCCAGAGAUCCUCUCAAAGAUCAAAAAAGAAGUUGAAAGACUUCUUCAUUGCAAUUUCAUUAGGACCACAAGCAACUCCUAAAGAUGAGUAUCCAAUGCAUGUGGCAGAGAUGCUGGUUGACUCAGCCACAGGCUAUGAAUAUCUCAGCAUGCUUGAUGGAUAUUCUGGCUAUAACCAGAUUUUCAUUGCAGAAGAGGAUGAUGGAGAUUUUCUGGGCUUUGUGGUCCAUAAAAAAGGGAUAGAAAUCAAUCAGAACAAGACGAAGGCUAUUAUGGAGACCAAAGCACCAUCAACCAAGAAAGAAUUGCAAUCAUUAUUAGGAAAGAUAAACUUCCUAAGAAGAUUCAUUUCCAAUUUAAGUGGUCGAACUCAAGCCUUCUCUCCCCUUCUGCGCCUGAAACAAGGGAAGUUCGAAUGGAAUGACGAAAAUCAAAAGGCAUUCGACAAGAUCAAACAUUAUCUGACGAAUCCUCCUAUCUUGGCACCACCAUGUGGAAAGAAUCCUAUGAGACUGUAUAUAUCAGCUUCCGACACUACCAUAGGUAGCAUGUUGGCACAAGAGAAUGAAGAUGGCUAUUAUAUAAAACCUAUUGAUUUAUACGUCUCUUCAUAUUUUGAUGUCAUCAAGUAUAUGUUAUCUAAUCCAAUAAUGCACAGUCGAAUUGGCAAAUGGGCUUUAGCACUCAUUGAAUACUCUUUAACCUUUAUGCCCUUAAGGGUAAUGAAGGGACAAAUAGUGUCAGAUUUUAUUGUGGACCAUGCAGUGGUCGAAAAUCCUCAACUUCAAGUUGAGUUGAAACCUUUGAGAUUAUUCUUCGACGGUUCCACUCAUAAGGAUGGAAGUGGAGUUGGGAUCAUGUUAAUUUCUCCUGACGGAAUUCCAACAAAACUCAAAUAUAGAAUUGAAGGCCCCUUUUGUUCUAACAACGAAGCAGACUAUGAAGCCCUUAUUGCAGGACUUGAGGCUUUGUUGGAAUUAGGGGAAACUAGGGUCAAAAUUAAAGGAGACUCAGAAUUAGUAAUCAAGCAACUGACGAAGGAGUACAAAUGUAUAAAACAAAAUUUGAUUAUGUACUUCGUCAUUGCAAAUAGGUUACUCAAAAAAUUCGAAUACAUCGACAUAAAACAUGUCCCUAGAAUAAAAAACCAAGAAGCUAAUGACUUAACACAAAUAGCUUAA